UAGCUGUACAGAAUAUAACAGGCUGUGUCUGCUCGUCGAGUGAAGCUUUCCUUUCUGUGGCACUGGUUAAAGUACCUAUUUCACAAUAAAAAAAAACAAAAAACGUGGAUUCACAGACAGAUCACCCCAAUCAGUAAGGUUUCUAGAAACAGUUGGAUAUGGGAGGCAGUUGCAGUCUGGGGAUUCCCUCGGGAAAAGGACCAAACAAUGUGGGAUGCACUGAUCUGAUGGUGGGCCACACAAUCCAGGGAACCUUCCUCCGCUUGUAUUACCCAUGUGAACCUUCUGCAAGCUCUGAACAGCCACCUUGGAUCCCAAAGAAGGAGUAUUUUAAUGGUCUUGCUGACUUUCUUAAAAUCAGCAGAAGCCUGGGUGAUAGGAUGUUGAGUUAUUUGUAUGGGUCCUAUACAAUUCCUGCUGAGUGGAAUGCACCAUUUAAGCCUGGAAACAAGUAUCCAUUAAUUAUUUUCUCUCAUGGACUAGGAGCAUUCAGGAAUCUGUAUUCAGCUGUUUGCAUAGAAAUUGCGUCUCAGGGUUUUAUUGUCGCCGCUGUGGAGCACAGAGAUGGAUCUGCUUCAGCCACAUUCUAUUAUAAAGAUCAAUCAACAGAGCAACAACAACAAGUGUCAUCUACACCUGAAAAUCUUGAAGAGGAAUGGCUGUACUACAGAACACUGAAACCAGGUGAACCAGAGUUUCCACUCCGCAAUCAACAGGUACAACAGAGAGCCAAUGAAUGUAUUGGGGCUUUGAAUCUUCUGACUGAUAUAAACGCAGGACAAUCUGUUAACAAUGUGCUAAAUCUACAUUUUGAUUGGUCCAAGCUCAGGGACUCUAUGGAUUUGUGUAGAACUGCGAUCAUGGGACAUUCUUUUGGAGGUGCAACUGUUAUCCAAUCUCUCUGCAGGGAGACAAAGUUCAAGUGUGGCGUAGCUCUGGAUUCAUGGAUGUUUCCAUUGGAGGAUGAGGUGUAUGCUAGAGUGACCCAACCGAUACUGUUCAUCAAUUCUGAAAAAUUCCAGUGGUUGGGGAACAUCCUGCAGAUGAAAAAGCUUGAUUCAGACACUAUACAGAGGAAAAUGAUAACAAUCAAGGGAACUGUUCACCAAAGCUUUCCAGAUUUCACGUUUCUGACUAGCCCCUUGAUUGGGAAGAUCUUCAAACUGAAGGGAGAGAUUGACCCUAACAUAGCCAUAGAUCUGUGCAAUAAGGCAUCAUUAGCAUUUCUUCAGAGACACUUAGAAAUUCACAAGAAUUUUAAUCAGUGGGACCCACUAAUCGAUGGGAAGGAUGCAAAUCUUAUUCCAGGCACAAACAUUCAUCUGCCUUCUACAAAUGAUACUACAAAAAGAGAGUGAAGAGGACCCAUUCUGUAUUUCAAACAGAAAAUACAUUGUGACUUUACAUGCAAGAAAAACCUGAGCAAGUUUGCUCGUGCAGUGGGCCAUUCCCUUACCUAAUACCUGACUUCUGUUAGUGCAGUUUGUGCUGCUGUGAACCACGUCUGCACUUACCAUUUGAAGAAUCAGCCAUCGACGUAUGAAUUGGACUCUUCCUUCUGUUUCAAAUCAAACUGUCUGUUCACAAAUAUCUUAUUCCACUGAAAGUUGUUUUACGGUACAGCCUUAAGCUUCUCAACCAUUUUAAGGUUUUCUUGAAUUGUUAAAACCAUGUGUUUAAGUUUACUUGCCAACAUGUUUGAGCCUCAAUGGCAGAGUCACUGACCUAAUGGAACCUGCGCAUGUGUAAAAUAAUGCGUACGGUACAGUACAUCAUUAUUUCUUCCUUUUUUGCAAGCACAGUUAAUCCACCCACGGAUAAUUGAGAGUUGACUGUAUAUAUCGAAAAGAGUCUACAGCUGUACUCGCAUCAUUAAAAUACACCAGAGUAUUGUAGAAAUAGUUAAAUAAUGAAUAACCAAUAGCACGGAUAUAUUUCAGUUAGUCACAUACAGCACAAAACACAAAUUCAACAGUUUUGGAAGUAAAUGAUGUGCAAUACAGAUAGUCUCUUAAAGUUAAAAUUCUUCUGACCUGCAGUAUCAUAUGGUAUAUAUUUUUUCUGCUGUUUUAUUGUACCUGAUGAUUUAAAAAAUAAAAAAUAAAGUGCAGAAUUUUGGUUUGAUUUGAAGAUAAUUUCUUGGACGAGAUUUAGGACAACUGCAAAGACAGACAGUUAUUGCAGAAUGGUGUAGCUUAUGUGGAUGGAGUGUCAGAUAAAAACUGUAAAUGCACAUUUGAUAAAAGUUUUUACUGAGCCAUGCAGAAUGUUAAUAAGUGUCCUGAAAAAAAUGAGGGAAAGAGUCCAGACAGCAAACCAGAUGUGUUUUUCAUGCAUUCUGUAACCCAAUAUUACAUCACUUUCCUGUGAUUGAGUCAGGAAAAUACUGUAGCUGUUAAAUCGCCAGCACCUGGCCAUCUUGCUCAAGACAAGACUGGGAAUCUGGCCAACAAAUAGAUUUAAUUAAUGCUUUUUCAGAGACUCUUACUCAUGAUGAGAUUGUUAUACUGGACUUAAUAUCAUUGGUUUAGUUUAGCACUGUACCUCUUACAUAAACAACAUACUAAAUAAAACUGACUAAAUGAAGGGUUAAAUUGUGUGUAACAAUGGUAAGGUUUAAAUAGUGUAAAACGUGCAGUAUAUACCACUGUAGCAUCUAGUACUUAAGCAUUUUAAUAUACUUUUAAUAAUAAUUAAAUUGACUAACUCUUGCUGAGAACUGAACUUUUUCAAUACAUGUAAUGUCUGAGAACCUUGUGAAGCAGUAACACCCUGUGCAGUUGCUGACUGCCUGCCAAGACAAGAUAGGCAGAUACAUAUAUAGGGUCUGUGUUGGAGAAAAAAAGGUAAGGAGAGGGGCUCUCUCCUUGUCUGGGGAAUGUGUGGGUUGUGGCAAGUAGAGGGUGGGGAUUAGGGUAUACUUAUUGGUAUCCUGGAGCACUCAGAGUUGGAAAAGAGGAGAGAAAGCCAUCAUCAAC